CUUUUGAUUUUAAUUGGUUCUAGUUUUAAUUUAAUUUAUUCGGGGGAAGUAAAUAUUAGAUACGAACCAAAAUGGUCAAGUUUAGAUAGCAGACCUUUGCCGUCGUGGUACGAUGAAGCUAAAAUAGGUAUAUUCAUACAUUGGGGUGUUUAUACCGUGCCUAGCUUGGGAUCAGAAUGGUUCUGGAUAAAUUGGAAAAAUAAAAAUGAAAAAUACGUGAAAUUCAUGGAAAAGAAUUACAAGUCGGACUUUUCUUAUCAGGAAUUCGCGCGAGAUUUUAACGCUGAGCUAUUUAAUGCCACUCAAUGGGCUUUGUUGUUUCGUGACGCAGGAGCCAAAUAUGUGGUAUUGGUUAGUAAACAUCACGAUGGUUUCUGCUUGUGGCCAUCGCCGCAAUCGUUUGGCUGGAAUAGUAUGGAUGUAGGACCCAAACUUGACCUAAUACGUGAAGUAUCCAGUGCUAUACGCCAACAUACAGACUUGAAAUUCGGCGUAUAUUACUCCUUGUUCGAGUGGUUUAAUCGUCUUUAUCUUAAUGAUAAACUGCAUCUAUUUAUGCGGCAGGAUUAUGUCGAUAAUAAAAUGAUACCUGAGCAGAUGUAUUUGGUUAGGACAUAUCAACCGGAAAUCAUUUGGUCUGAUGGUGAUUGGGAAGCACCAGUAAAGUAUUGGAAAUCCCAAGAGUUUCUUGCCUGGCUUUACAAUGAUAGUCCCGUACGUGAUACCGUGGUAGUCAAUGAUCGUUGGGGCAUAGGUACUUCUUGUCAUCAUGGUGGUUUUCAUAACUGUGCUGAUCGUUUUAAUCCGAAAACAUUGCUCGAACAUAAAUGGGAGAAUUGUUUCACUUUCGAUAAAACCAGUUGGGGACAACGUUUCGAUAUAACGCUUAACGAUUUCCUUACCGUCGAGGAGACUAUUUCGCAGAUAGUUACCACGGUUAGUUGUAAUGGUAACGUUUUAAUUAACAUAGCGCCCACAAAAUACGGUACCAUUUUACCAAUAUUCGAGGAGCGCCUACGUGAAAUGGGCAAAUGGUUGAAGAUAAAUGGCGAAGCGAUUUAUGGCAGCAAACCCUGGUAUCAGCAGAAUGACACGUUAACAGCAAAUGUCUGGUAUACUACUAAAUCGGAUCCGCGACCUAAUAAUGUUACCUUUUCUGUAAACAUUUAUGCGAUUAUAUUAGAUUAUCCCUACAAAACCAAUUCCAUCAAUAUUAAUCCCUGGAAUGCGUUCAUAAAGGAUCCUUUAGCAGCAUAUGUGAAUUAUAAAGGUUUGAAAGAAGAAUUGGGUACGAAAAUAAAAUCGAUUACCUUAUUAGGCCUACAAAAUACUACAAUAGAGUGGGCACUUAACUAUUCCUCGUUGACCAUUAAUUUUCCUGAUAAACGUCACAUCGAUCAUGCAGGUCUGAAGUAUGCUUGGACUUUUAAAAUAGCCACAGAACUUUCCGAUUUUUAGAUA